AUGGCUCCGCCGUCGACGAGGACGUCGAUGUGCACCGGGGAGGCGUCCCGGGGCACGCACCUGUUCCACGUCGCGGGGUACAGCCUCCACGAGCGCCUGGGCGCCAGGGAGUCCGUCCACUCCGCGCCCUUCUCCAUCGGCGGCUACGACUGGGCCGUCCGCUUCUUCCCCGACGGCGGCGAGGGCGGCGCGCUGGCGCUGCUACUCGAGCUCCUCACCAAGGACGCCGCGGCCAGGGCGUCCUGCGCCUUCAGGUUCCUCAACCCGGCCACCGGCGCGGCGUCCGCCAGGUGGCCGGUGGGCCUGCUGAGCUACAGGCCGGGGGUCGUGAACAAGCGCGCCCAGGUCAGCACCUUCAGGUGGAACGUGCGGAUGUAUGCCCACGACGAUCGCCUCACCGUCGAGUGCGCGGUCACCGUCGUCCAAGAACCCAAGGUGUCCCUGACCAGCUGGGCGAUGUCCCGGUACGAAGAAACGCCAUCGGACCUGUCAGGGCACCUUGGGAGGAUGUUGGGGGAGAAGGAGGGAUCUGAUGUGACCUUCAAUGUCCAAGGGGAGGCUGUCACUGCCCACAAGAUCGUGCUCGCCAUGCGCUCACCGGUGUUCAAGGCGCGAUUCUACGGACCGGAGAGGGAGAAGAAGAUGGGGUGCGUCGCUGUCGAGGAUGUGCGGCCUGCUGUCUUCAGGGCUCUGCUUCGUUUCAUCUACACGGACUCGUUGCCUGACAUGGAUGAUCUUGGUGAUGAUGAUGGGAAAGAGAUGUUCAGGCAUUUGCUUGUGGCUGCAGAUCAGUAUGAAGUGACGAGGCUCGAGUUGAUGUGUGAGGACAGCCUCUGCAAGAACAGCCUUAGCACGGAUUCUGUCGCCUCUACCCUGGCAUUUGCAGAGGAGCAGAAUCUGUGCAGCCUUAAAGAUGCUUGCAUCGAGUUCAUUGCCCUUUCGAACAAGAUGGAUGAUGUGGUGGCAAGCAAAGGGUACGCGCACCUCAAAAGUUCGUGCCCUUCAGUUUUACUAGAUGUAUUGGAGAAGUCAAGCAAAUUGCACAGGGUGUAA